AGCCAGGGGCCAGCGGAUCCUGUUUUAAAGAGGAAGCCGGAGCUCUCUUGUCCCUGUGCAAGCGCCAGCGCCGCGCUCACGACCCGGGGCCUGUGGACAGGCCGCUUCGGGCCCCGCCACCUCCGGAUGCGGCGCUGAGGGCCGUCACCAUGGAGACGGCCGCGGCCCCAGGCCCGGGCUGGGCAGCUGAAGGGGAGCGGCGACGAAGACGCUGCUCGCGGCGAGACCGUGAUCGGGAGCAGCGGCGCCGCCGAGGUCCAGGCGGUGACGCGCCCCGGGCCUUGUUGGCUGCCCCUCGAGGCUCUUCAUCCUCGUCGUCACCGCCGCCGCCCGCCCGUCCCUGGUCGUCAGCUUCAUCUGGAGAGCGGCCUGGGGGCCUAAGACGGCGGCGGCCCCGACCCAGGCCUCGACCCCCGAGACCGCGAGCUCGGAAGCGGCCUGCCGGUUCGGGCAGCCGCGGAGAGGAAGAGGAGGAGGAGGAAGAGGGGGGCGCAGACGACGGAGAAGCCGAGGAGGAGCCUGAAGAGGAGGAAGAAGAGGAAGACUUGAUCGAUGGUUUUGCCAUCGCUAGCUUUGCCAGCCUUGAGGCCUUGCAGAAGGAUGCAUCUCUUCAGCCCCCAGAACGACUGGAACAUCGGCUGAAGCAUUCUGGGAAACGGAAGAGGGGGGGCUCCAGUGGGGCCACUGGGGAGCCAGGGGACAGCUCAGACCGUGAGCCUGGCCGACCCCCUGGGGAUAGGCCCCGCAAAUGGCCCAAUAAGCGAAGAAGGAAAGAGGCCUUCUCCCGUCACUCUCUGGAAGCUGGAUAUAUAUGUGACGCAGAAAGUGAUCUGGAUGAGAGGGUCUCCGAUGAUGACCUUGACCCUUCCUUUACGGUCUCAACCAGCAAAGCCUCGGGUCCUCAUGGCACCUUCAAUGGGAACUGUGAAGCAAAACUGUCUGUGGUCCCUAAAGUGUCGGGCCUGGAGCGGAGCCAAGAGCAGCCCCCGGGGCCUGACCCGCUGCUAGUGCCUUUCCCCCCAAAGGAUCCACCACCUCCACCAGCCCCUCGGCCUCCCGUCUCAUCCCCUACACCCUUACCAGCUACCCCCAGUCUGCCACCCCCACCCCAGCACCAGCUGCAGCUUCGGGUCUCACCCUUCGGCCUCCGAACUUCUCCUUAUGGCAGCAGCCUGGACCUCAGCACUGGCAGCUCUUCACGGCCGCCCCCCAAGGCCCCGGCCCCUCCCGUGGCUCAGCCUCCCCCCUCAUCAUCCUCUUCGUCCUCCUCCUCCUCAUCUGCCUCCUCCUCGUCCGCGCAGCUCACCCACCGGCCCCCGACGCCCUCACUGCCCCUGCCUCUGUCCUCCCACAGCUUUCCUCCCCAUGGGUUGCGCCCACCACCACCACCCCACCACCCCUCCUUGGUCUCCCCUGGCCCCACCCUGCCCCCACCCCCACCUCUGCUGCAGGUGCCAGGGCACCCUGGGGCCUCAGCCGCUAACGCCCUUUCUGAGCAGGACCUGAUCGGCCAGGACCUGAACUCACGCUACCUGAAUGCCCAGGGUGGCCCUGAGGUGGUGGGAGCAGGGGGCUCAGCCCGGCCCCUGGCCUCCCAGUUCCACCAGCACAACCACCAGCACCAGCACACCCACCAGCACACCCACCAGCACUUCACUCCCUACCCCCCGGGCCUGCUGCCUCCCCACGGCCACAUGUUUGAGAAAUACCCAGGAAAGAUGGAAGGCCUUUUCCGACAUAAUCCAUACAUGGCCUUCCCUCCCGCUGUGCCCGGGCUCCCUCCGGGUCUCCCACCAGCUGUCUCCUUUGGCUCCCUGCAGGGGGCCUUCCAGCCCAAGAACACGAACCCUGAGCUGCCACCACGACUGGGGCCAGUGCUGAGCGGGCUCCCCCAGAAGGGGACACAGAUCCCUGAUCAUUUCCGGCCACCUUUGAGGAAACCAGGAAAGUGGUGUGCCAUGCAUGUUCGUGUGGCUUACAUGAUCCUGAGACACCAGGAAAAGAUGAAGGGUGAUUCCCACAAGCUUGACUUUCGGAACGACCUCCUACCCUGCCUUCCGGGACCCUAUGGGGCCCUGCCCCCUGGGCAGGAGCUCUCCCACCCGGCCUCCCUCUUCACUGCGACUGGAGCCGUCCAUGCUGCAGCCAAUCCUUUCACGACAGCUCCUGGGGCCCAUGGACCCUUCCUGAGCCCCAGUACCCACAUUGAUCCCUUUGGGCGCCCCACAAGCUUCGCUUCCUUGGCGGCUCUCUCCAACGGGGCCUUUGGAGGCCUGGGCAGCCCCACAUUCAACUCCAGCGCCGUCUUUGCCCAGAAAGAAAGCCCAGGAGCCCCACCAGCCUUUGCCUCCCCACCAGACCCAUGGGGCCGCCUGCACCGCAGUCCUCUUGCCUUUCCUGCUUGGGUCCGACCCCCUGAAACUGCCCGGACACCGGGCUCAGAUAAGGAGCGACCUAUGGAGCGAAGAGAGCCCUCUGUCACCAAGGAGGAGAAGGACAGGGACCUCCCUUUCUCACGGCCUCAGCUGCGAGUUUCUCCUGCUACUCCUAAAGCCAGGGCUGGCGAGGAAGGAGCGCGGCCAGCCAAAGAGUCUGUUCGGGUAAAAGAAGAGCGGAAAGAAGAGGCUGCUGCUGCAGCUGCCGCCGCUGCCGCCGCCGCUGCUGCUGCUGCCGCCGCUGCCGCCGCCGCUGCUGCAACCACUGGGCCUCAAGGUCUUCACUUGCUUUUGGAGAGGCCCCGGCCACCCCCCUUUCUUGGCCCUAGUCUGCCUGAUCGCUGUGCAGGCUUCCCAGAGCCAACCUGGUUGGCAGGGCCCCCACGCCUGGCCAGGCCACCACGCUUCUAUGAGGCAGGUGAGGAGUUGACUGGACCAGGGGCCAUGGCUGCUGCCCGCCUCUAUAGUCUAGACCCUGCUCAUCCAUUGCUAUACAGCCGUUUGGCUCCUCCACCACCACCUACUGCAACUCCAGGAACCCCUCACCUUCUCAGCAAGACCCCACCAGGAGCCCUUUUAGGAGCACCACCACCUCUUGUGCCCGCCCCCCGGCCCAGUUCCCCACCUAGGGCCCCUGGCCCAGCCCGGGCUGACAGGUGAGGAGAAGUGAGGGGCAGGGGCAAAGCUCCACCCCCUUUCCCCAUACCUUGUGACAAAAGUCCUAGGGCUGAAGUUUUUAAGCCAGGGUUGGAAGGCAAAGGUCACAAUUUCAUGGUCAUCUCUGAAGUCACGGACCUAGGUAUAGAAUCCCCAACCCCCCGCAAGUAUCUCGUGGACUGUGGGGUCACUGGGAGGACAGAGGUCACAAGCCUCUAGAGAGGUGUGUGUGUGCAUGUGCGUGCGCGCGUGUGCACAUGAGGGGUUCAUUUCAGAGGUUAUGGCUCAUGACCUAAGGUGCACCAAUGCCCCCUCUAAGGGCCUCUAGGCCCUUGGCCUGCCUCCCCAAGGGCUCACUAAGCCAGAGGCCAAAGUGCCCCCUCCCUUUUACCUACUACCCAAGUUCUCAUGCCCUCUUAGGGCUGAGGAAGGAGGAACUAAAGGAAUAAGGGGUUCCAUGUACAUAUUUAUCACCCCUUCCACAAAUUCCCCAGACCUUUUGUACAUUUUUACAGGGGUGCCCCUCCCUAUAAUCCCCUUCCUGGUUAAUUAAAUCCUCAGACUGGUGCUGUGUUCCUAGCCUCUGGCCUCUCUGUAGGGGUAGGGUGUCCCAGGGCAAGAGCCUGGAGAGGACAGGCAGAAUCCCAGGGCUUGACCCUGGGUAUGUAGGAUCCAGAAGGAAGUAGACCAACAGGGAAAGGGACCUAGAAUUUAAGCUAGAAGAAAGGGCAAUAGUACCUGGCUGUCAGCCCAGGUCUCUCCAGACUUGUUCCUAUUCUGUGUGGCCCACAGCUCUAAAAAGGCUCAGCCUUUAAGCUUCAGAUUCCACCUCUUAAUGGCUAAGUUCCUAACCACCACCCCAUUUCCAAGUGCCCCCAGGAUUCCUGGGCCCUGUUCCACAGUAACCUGUCCCAAACUAUGGGAGGGAGAGGUGGCCAGAGAAGGUCACCAUGAACACACACCAAAGAAGGGGGUUGGUUCAGGGGGUGGGCAACACAGGCAGCUUCUUUAGCAGCCUCCCAGCAGCAGCCCCAGCCUUCCCAAAGCAGCAGGCACUUCCAGGCUGGGGCCCCAACUAGAAGGCAGGGCUCAGUUUAACAAAACCAUAACGUUGACUUUUUCCCCAGUGGGGCUUAUUCUGUAACAUGACUUGCGAAUAUUUAUAUAAAAAUGAGUGUUACAAUGAGA